CACCAGUCAGUCUGCAGGCUAUAUCGUUACGCCAGUAGGUUUUGCGUAAUAUACGAGAAUACAGCUGUCUGGGUUUUACUAGACAAGAGUUAGACGACCGUAAACAAAGCAACAGGCUGUAUAACAGUUUUUAAAGAACUGUUUGACUAUGUCUUGGAAGAAUAAACUUAUUUGGGACAUAAGAAAACGCUCUAUCGGUGUCGAUGAAAGAACCAACUUUAUACGAACAAACUAUUUAGACAGAUUGGAGUUUGUCCAGAGACUGAAACUUGAAGCUUCACUUGAUGUGCAUAAUGGCUGUGUAAAUACUAUAUGUUGGAAUGACACAGGUGAAUAUAUUUUAUCUGGAUCAGAUGACUGCAAUUUAAUCAUCACAGAUCCUUACAGCAGGAAGGUGCUUGUAACGGUCCCGUCUAACCACAGUGCCAGCAUCAACAGUGCCAGGUUUAUGCCUGGGUCCAGCGAUCACUGGAUUGUGUCUGCAGCAGGAGAUGGAAAUAUUCAUUACACCAACAUCUCCCGCAGCCCUGAGCUCAUCCAGUACAAAUAUACCUGCCACCACGGGACAGCCUAUCAGGUUCUCACAAUACCCAGCGACCCAAACUCUUUCCUCUCAUGUGGAGAAGAUGGAACAGUUCGAUGGUUUGAUGUCAGAGUAAAAACUGGCUGUGGCAAAAGCAGCUGCAAAGAUGACAUUUUGGUUAACUGUCGCAGGGCGGUCAGUUCUAUGGCUGUUUCGCCCACUGAGCCAUAUUAUCUCGCCCUGGGCUGCUCGGAUAGUUCAGUCCGCAUAUAUGACAGGAGGAUGCUGGGAACCAUAUUUACAGGAUGCCAUUCUAGCAGUGGAGCUACGGGUUUCUGUGUUCGUUUUGUGCCUCCUCACCUGACUGGACAGUCGUGCCGUGUGACCUCACUGUGUUACAGCUCUGAUGGCCGAGAAAUACUCGCCAGCUUCUCUUCAGACUACAUCUACCUGUUUGACCCUAAAGAUGACAAGGCAGCUAAAUUAAACGAAUUGCCAAAAAACAAGCGGGAGGGGCUGCUACACCCUCCUGUGAAGCGUCUCAGAAUAAGAGGUGAUUGGUCAGACACGGGACCUCGUGCACGCCCAGAGAGCGAGAGGGAGCGAGAUGGAGAGACCAGCUCCAGUGCUUCACUGAUGCAGAGAAUGUCAGACAUGUUUUCCAGGUGGUACGAGGAAGUGCAGAGUAACAGAGAUCAACCCCACUCGCACACAAGAAGAAGUACCACUUCUGAACUAGCACAAGUUGAGCCAAGUGCAGAGACACUGACCCACGCACAAGACACAGCAGAUCCCAGGUCAUCUACUCCACAAGACAGGGGCGCUUCCUCUGUGUCUGUCAGCAGUGCCUCAGCAGAGCCUGUUCUUAGUCUGCACUACAGUCCAGAAGGCACCUCUACCAGCACCAUCACACUGGACUUCACCAGUCAUUGGACUGAUGCUGGGCCGAGGUGUGGACGUCCCAAUAGCACAGGUAUCAGUGGACAGGAAGGCAGCUCUGGAGAACCAGGCUCAGGACAGGCGGAUCCAGCUGAAGACACAAACAGACAAAACAGCACAUCUGGAGAGCCAACAGAAGAUCAGGAAGACAACAGUGAGGAGACCAACCACACGUCCUCAACAAACAACCAGUCUCCACUCACACAGAGAUUAAAUUUCAGGGGAUCAGUGAUCGGUGAACGAGUUCUGAGGCGAACAGCAGCUGUUCGGAUCCAGGAUAUUUUCCGGCGAAGAAAAGAGCGGGAAGAGAUGGCAGAGGUCGAGGCACUCAAUAUCAAGAGACCUGUUGUAAAAAUGACCUAUGAAGGCCACCGUAACUCAAGGACAAUGACCAAAGAGGCGUGUUUUUGGGGUAAUAACUUUGUGUUGAGCGGAUCAGACUGUGGCCAUAUCUUUAUAUGGGACAGACACACAGGAGAGCAUGUGAUGCUGAUAGAAGCUGACAAUCAUGUCGUCAACUGUCUGCAGCCUCACCCAUAUGAGCCAUUACUUGCCUCCUCUGGAAUUGAUUACGAUAUUAAAAUCUGGUCGCCCACACAGAAGUCUCCAUCAUUUAACAGAGUGUUGGCAGAAGAGGUAAUUCUCUGCAAUGAGCGGAUGUUUGAAGAGACCAGAAAUACCAUCACAGUCCCAGUGUCCUUCAUGCUGAGAAUGCUGGCGUCUCUCCGCCACGUCAGAACAGAUCGUUUUGAAGGAGAUCGAUCAGACAGCUCUGGACAGGAGAAUGAUGAAUGAAUGAGUUUAGUACCAGCAUCAGAAAGACUGCAUAUAUAUAGUAUGGAAUAUUGCUUUUCUUUUUUUUAUUCUGAGUAUAUAUAUAUUACCUUUUUAUCUUUUUAAACUCCGUUACAAGAUGUAAACCUUUUUUUAUUCCUUGAUUGAGACAGUAUUAUGUUUGGAACUAUUCUAUGGAAGCCUAUCUAAAAGUUUUAUCUAAAGGGUGUUUGUCAAUAUUUUAUAUAUUAUACUUAUUUUUCCUUGGAGUACGCAUAUGAAAAUCAAAAAAUGGAGAAAAAAAAGUUUUGUCUAGCAGCCAUGUAAAAAUAUCCAAAUGAAAGAUCAGACAAAUUACUGUGUGUUCAGCAGACACUAAUCAUUAGACAUCUUUACAUGCAGACCACUGUGAGAAACAGAUUUAGAAAUACAAGUGCUGUUUAUUAUCAGAAAGACAUUUAAGAUAUAAAAGGAAAUGAGCAAUGAGUGUUUUUUAAAUCAAUAAUUUAAAUGGUUAAAAAAAAGAAUACUAAACGUUUACACCUUGAAAUGCAAUAUAGGAUACAGCUAUAUUAAAAAAGAUAAUAAAAUGUCCACCUGCAUGUGGAAUUUAAAUAAUAUAUAUAUAUUUUAUAUAAGUAUCAUGACCCCAUGUGACUCGAAUAGAAGGCCAAAUACUGUCAAUGUAGUUUUACAAUGUUAUUAGCUCUGUGCUUGAAACAGCACCACUUUGCACUCAUAAUGGAUAGUGUUUUUUUGCAGGUCUAAACCUGCACUAUUCAUAGUUGUAUUCAAUCAGGCACGAUUAGCCAUGUGUGACUUAGUAAAUAUGACACAAAAAUGUGACAAAGUGAUACACAGUAUUUUAAAAGCAUAGAAAUAUGUAAACAAUGCUAAAAACAAAACUGAACUUGAACUUUUUGGUUAAAAAAGGGGGCAAUUUGUCAUGUGCAUGUUAUGAAUGUAGUUGAUCCAUUUGUAUUCAUUUUAUUGUCUGUUUGCAAAAAAUAAUAUUUUAAAACGGCUAAUUAAUGGUAAUUGUUAUUAAACUGUUUAAAUGUUAUUUAAUGGCAGGUUCUCAUUGUGACAACUUACUCAAUGUAGUGUUAUAAGAUGCCCAGAAAUGUUUCCUGAGAAUAUACUUUUUUUGUGGAUAAGACUUUAUGGUAUGUUCCUAGACAGAAUUUAUUUAAUAAAACUAUUCUGAGAAAUA